CAAAACACAACCAGCUUUCCCGACAGACACUAGCUAGCUAGUAGAAGCAUCAUCAAAUCAUCCAUCAUAUAUCCAAAUCAUCCACGCUGUUGACUAAACCACACUUUGCUGAGACCAUGACGACGACUCCCAGUAGUACUACAAGCGACAGUUUGGGACCCAAUGCCCGUCUGUUGCAAGAAUCCUGUCCCGCCCUGCUGUCCCUCUUGUCGGCGAAUGGGAAAGAAUUGUUGGCCGUGUUGGAUAUGGAAACAGCUUCGGAUGGAUCUUCCCCCAAUGUAUCACCGCUGCCGACUACCGAAAUUCCCUGGUACUGGCAUCAAGUCCAUUUGAUGCUGGUUCUGCGAGUACUAGUGACACGUACAUCCAGUGGAUUGGCCACGGCCGUGGUGGAAAGCAAUUAUAACGAUUCUCGCACGGGUGGGGCUUUGCCCUUUCCCGACGCCACGCCGGCUCAAUUGUCGGAGCGUUUGACGUUGCUGCAGUCCUUACUGCAAAAGAUGCAAGACAAGUUGGAACAAUGGGAACAACAAGAGCAGCAAAUCGUAGAUGACAAUAAGAAGAAAGCCCCACUCCAAGCCACCAUGGGUCUUCUCGCCAAGGCGUAUCAAAUGAAACCCGUGGAAAAACGAAUUUUUCAAUUCUUGGUGACCACCAAAACCCAACCCAGUCCGACUGUCUUGGCAUUGGUGACACCCCACAACGGUGAAUUACCGACCAAGGGCGAAGACGAUGACAUGGCCUUUCGGAGUACCAUGCUACGCUAUGUGUGUGGCGUCACGGUCAUGUACUGGGGGACAUUGGCGAAUGAAGAUCACGAUCUGUGCAAGGAUCGCAUCUUGGUAUUGACACAAGAAGAAUACGGCAACGACAAGAUGUUGUCUGUCAGUGAAGAAGUCUGUCGGGUACUGUUCGGAUGGCCCUUGAAAUCCGAAGACAAAAUCAAAUUGUCCGGCACCAAACUACUCAAAUUGAUGCAACCCGAUGCGGCUGAUGGAUUCAUGAUGGAGGAUGGCGAUGAAGCAACGGACGAUGCCGGUUCCACCGAUGAGGAUGCCGAAGAUACCAUGGCAUUCCUAGGGCGACUCAGUUUGAGAGGAGAUGACGACAUGGUCAAGGAAUUGGCCAAAUUGGAACGGGAAGUCACAAAAUCUGCCGAUACAUUGCCUAGUUUGCCCGGUUUGGAGGAAGGGUCACCACAGGAGGAAGAAGAAACGACUCCUAGCGAAAAGGGUGCUGCCACUACUGCGACAACCGACACCGCCACUACGGAUGAUGACAAUGAUGAUGAUUCGACAGGCUCAUCGGAAGACAAGACCAAGCCACAACCCUACAAGAACGAAUUGGAAUAUCUGCAACAGUACUUUGAGAUUGUCAUGUACAAGGUUGUAUACUCGCGACAACGAGUGCAACAGGAAAUCCGCAAUGCGUCGCUCGGAGACACCAAACCCUCUUGGAUGCGCAGCUCGGCCGAAAACUCCAACUCCAAAUUCUCCGUAGGAGAAAUGUCCGCCAAGAUUCGCAUGGGACGACGCAAGAUGCAACUCUCCCUCGAAUUGACACGCAAAUCCGGAAAGUUUUAUCCCCGUCUCGAAAUACUCGCCAAACAGCUGCAGUUGGACGACUUCCACAAGUUUUGUCUGGUCUAUUUGGCCGGCGCCAUGAUUUCACCCAUUUUCAAAUCGUGCAUUCAAGGUGAAGAGUACUCGCCCAAGAAUGCCAAAGUGGGAGAUAUUCUGGUCGUCUACUUUGAUUCGUUUGCCGAACAAGUCGCCAACCGGACCUACUUUUAUCGAUCGUCCAAGCUGCUGCGAAAGGGAUUGAUCAAAUUCAUUGAAACGUACCAGCUCAACGACUUGACCGAUCAGGAACUUAAAUUGGAUCGCCGGGUUCUGGAUUGCAUUGUGGGACUCGACAAGGAAUCUUCCGAAAUCUCGACGGGCAGUCAUCUCUACGAACCCAAGGUUUCCUUGGAUGCCGUGGUCCUCCCGGGGCCACUCAAAGAUACCAUCACCAAGGCCGUCUCGCACUUUGAGCAGUUCCGAACGUAUCGCAAGCAUCAUCCAGACUUUGAUGACGCUAUUGCCUAUGGCGUGGGAUUGACUUUGAUGUUUUGUGGAAAGUCGGGGACUGGAAAAACAAUGACAGCAAACGCUAUUGCGGCAAGGCUGGGUAAAAAGCUCCUGCUGGUAAACUUUCCGCUACUGAACAAAAAGAGCGAAAACAAAGAAGGUGAAACAUCGAAAUAUCAGUCAAUCUUCCGGGAAGCGGAGCUAUCGGAUGCCAUUAUCUUUUUCGACGAAUGCGAGUCUUUGUUUUCCCAGCGCGGUUUUGGAGGGUCGUCCGAAACCACAGAGCUCUUGACAGAGCUGGAGAGAUUCGAAGGAAUUGUGUUCCUCGCCACCAAUCGACCCUUUGACUUGGAUGAGGCAAUGUACCGUCGCAUCAGUGAAGUCUUUGAAUUCAAACCACCCAACUACCUCGAACGUCUCGACAUUUGGAAGCUAGUGACAUCGCACGAUGCCGUACCGUGCGAUCCUAACAUUGACUGGGAAAGCAUUGCUCUCAAGUAUGAGCUCACGGGAGGUUUCAUCAAGAAUGCGGUCAUUUCGGCUUUGUUGGAUGCGGUGGGUCGUGAUCCUCGUUCCCCUUGCGUCAAAGAGGAGGACAUUUUGGAGGGUUGCAAAAAGCAAGUAAGAGGAGCGCUUCAAAUGGUGGAUUUCAACGAACGAGUCGUUCCACGGGGUGGCAUUAGCGACCUCGUCGUUGCCGAUUCCGUAAUGGAGAAAGUCCAUGAGAUUGUAAACUUGGAAAAAGCUCGGGCUAUUCUCUUUGGCAACUGGGGGUUUGAUGCUGACAUGAGAUCGCGGCAAGGUACAACGUCGCUCUUUUGGGGGCCCAGCGGCACAGGACGAAGCCGUGCAGCCGAAGCGAUUGGUUUUGAGCUCGGAAAGCCGUUGAAGGUUCUCGAUUUACCCCGCUUGCUGUCGGAGCGAAAAGGCAACGAAUCGCCCGGUGACGGCAGCGCCAAAUCCGUCCGCGCUGUCUUUCACGAAGCACGGUUGAUGGACGCCGUGUUGGUCCUCGAUGGAUUCUCCCUGGACACCGACGGCGGAGGCGGUGGGGGUGGCGCUGAUUCCCACGUACUGAACCUUGUGAUGAGAGAAAUGACUCGCUUCCCUGGCGUUGUCAUCAUGAUGGUGACCGCCUCAGGCUCCUUGGACGUGUUUGUGUCGCGACUUGACAAAUCUCUGGUGAAGAGCCUCAAGUUCUUGGUCGAGUUCCAGCUGCCAAGCACCAGCAAUCGUGAGAUUCUUUGGAAGAAGCUCAUGCCACCUGCGCUGCCGCUGAGCGAGGACCUGAACUAUAGAAAGCUUGCUGAAGCUUCGAGUGACUUUAGUGUAAGUCACAUUGGCAAUGCCGUUUAUCGAGCUGCUGCUACUGCAGCCUUGCGGAAGGACGCCAAGGACAGGUCCGUCAGCAUGAAAGCUCUCUAUGCGGCAAUUGAAGAAGAGAAAACGAGAGGAGAGUCCGCCGUAGAUCGUUGGGUCAAGGCUCAGUACAUCUAGAUUCUGCUAAUGAAAUAAAACCCUACAAUACACAACUUUUCGAUGUAUGGUUAGCCACUAAAGGGGCAAACAUGAAG